GAGCGGGGCGGGGGGGCGGCGGGCCCGCAAGGAGCCCUCCGGGCACGGCUGGCGGGCGCCAGGGACCGGGCUCGGGUCGGAGGGGGGACGAGCUGGGAGAGGCCGGCAGAGCCGCUUCUGCGGCAGCCUCCAUCCCUCCUUCCCUCCCUCCAGCGCUGCCCCUUCUCCGCCGGCCCCGGCUCUCCCCUUUGUCCCCCGUCCCAGGCCUCGGGAAGGCGGAGGGCAGGGGGCCGGCGGGGAGAGCGGCGGGAUGGCAGGGGCGGGCGGGGGCAAGGGGCCGGCGGCCGCCUCCCGCCUGCUUGGGGCUCUGUGCCUGUGCGCCUGCCUCCACCUGGUGCACGGGAGGGACACCGGAGCAGACUGGACCCUGGAGAAGUAUUCUCACCAACCAAAAAUUUUACAUUCUGACACUAUUCAGAAAGUUGCAUCAAACACAGAUGUUUCUGAAAUGUGGGAGAAUGAUUUGCGCCCUAUCCUGAUAGAAAGAUACUCAGGAUCACCAGGAAAUUAUGUCGUACGACAGCAUAUCAAGCACCGUCUUCAAAGAUUACAGGCUGGUUGGGAACUUGAAGAAGAUACAUUUCAGACAUACACACCAUAUGGAUAUCAAACAUUUUCAAAUAUUAUCAGCACUCUCGACCCUUCUGCAAAACGUCACCUAGUACUUGCUUGCCACUAUGACUCAAAAUUCUUCGGACAGCAAUGGCAGGAGAGAGUGUUUGUAGGAGCAACUGAUUCAGCCGUGCCUUGUGCUAUGAUACUGGAGCUGGCACGUGCCCUGGAUAGCAAGCUUCAGUUAAUCAAGACCAGGUCAGCAUCAAGACCAGACCUUUCACUUCAGCUCAUUUUUUUUGAUGGUGAAGAAGCCUUUGUCCGGUGGUCCCCUUCUGAUUCCCUCUAUGGAUCUCAACACUUAGCUCAAAAAAUGGUAUCUACUCCACAUCCACCUGGUUCAACAACCACAAAUCAGCUGCAGAGCAUAGACCUGUUUGUACUACUGGAUUUAAUUGGUGCACCCAACCCAGUCUUUCCCAAUUAUUUUCCAAACACUAUUCGAUGGUUUCAGAGGCUUCAGGCAAUUGAGCAAGAGCUACACAACAUGAAUCUGCUGAAGAAUCACCCUGUUGAAAGGCAGUAUUUCCAGACUAUUUUACAUCGAGGCUUGGUUGAAGAUGACCACGUUCCAUUUUUAUUAAGAGGGGUUCCAGUCCUACAUCUGAUCCCAUCCCCUUUUCCUGCAGUAUGGCAUACCAUGGAGGACACAGAAGAAAACCUUGACAAAACCACUAUCGACAAUCUCAGCAAAAUCCUGCAAGUGUUUGUACUGGAAUAUCUAAACCUGUGAUAGACAAAAUAGCAACAAGUCGUACUCCAUUCUAAAUGCUGUUUGCCCACCUUCAUAUUUGCUAUUUAAUUGCAUUGGAGAGCACGAAAGCAAAGCAAAAUAUAAUGAUACCUCUUGCUAGACUGAUUAUUGAUUCAGCUGUUCCUGGCCCAGUGUUCCUUGUAGCCAAAAAAGAUAGCAUUAAAUAAGAGUUAGUUUCAGCCUGGAGAGAAUUUGAUCUUUCCUUGUCUUACCUCUGAAUUAAGAAAAACAAAACAAAACAACACAACCCAACAAACCCACCACCAGAUUUUUUUCACGUUGUUGCCACUGUUUUGUGUCACAUAAGAUGACCCCAGGAGGGAACGCCUCCUGACUUCAGCGCCACCUACAGUUUUUAGAAGGUGUGACCAUCUUGUGUGGUGUUCGGCAACAGAAAUUUAGGCCACGUAAUCAAAAGAGGCAAAAAUCACACUAAAACGAACUUCUACUUUGUCUUGAACUAAACCACCUCAUCCUGAAAUGAGUUGCUAGAACUCCUGACACACAGAAGAGAUUUUUAAUCCUCUCUGCUCCCUCUCCUCCUUCCCCUGCAAGGAGAGAUUCAAGGGCUCUUGUCCGCAGACAGCAGGCCACCAGAAAACAGAGAAAUAGCCCCAAAUCAAUUUUCUCCCUGUCAUUUGUUAGAUACUUUGUGAUGGAGAAAGGUGGUGGGGACUGAGGCUAAGAGGAAGGUGUGUGGGGCUUUCCAUCACAUUUUGACCGCAACACAGCAGACAGAAGAGUGGGAGCAACGCCCCAGCACACGCCAUUCGUUUGUGGGAGAAUCAUUCACAAUUUACCCAAAAUAAAAAGCACCUGUUCUUUUUAAUACAGAUUACAUGAGAGGUAAUCAUACUAGGAAAGCAAACACUUUAGAAACUACAGUUUUAUAUACAUAUAAUUUUAAAGGCAAAGUGCGACCUUUCAAAAAAAAGUCAGCGUGAGAGUCAAGCAAGACUAGUUUAAGCACCAAAAAGUAAGGACAAGCCAUAGCCUGUAUCAGGAAAAGAUACUCACCAGUUUAACAACCCUGUGCUUUUACAUUCCUUACUGGAAUUACUCAACAAAUUUAGUGUAAUACUCUAGCAAAAAUCUAGCCUGGAAUGAAAUCAACAGGAGAAGCCAGAAGAACAGUAUUCAAAAGCUACAUACAGAAUUAUGGUUUCCACUGGUGAGAAAAAGGUGAGAGCAUUUGAAGGAAGGGGGUGGGGAAUAAAAACCAAGCUGGUAGAGGAUGAACUGAGAAAAAACAAGUCAGUAUUUUACGGCUCCAGACUUCUUCAAUUAGGAAGUUCUACCCUGGGCAAAGAGAUUUAAAAAGCAAAAAGCUGUGGAAUUGUAGGCAUGUCAGAUUUGGCCUGUAUUUUACCAUUUUCCUGAAGCAAACCUUUCUGAACCUAAGACAAUAUUUACAUGCCUAUUUUAAAGUUGCAACAGAAAUAUGUAUUUACAGCAAUGCAAAUUUGUAAAGUCUUACUAUUACAGGACAGCUUGAAAAUGAAAUUCCAUCUGGUUUUGUUGCUCAAGACGAAACAAAAGCUUUUUGUUUUCCCAUCACUUGAACAUUUGUGAGAAAUGUAUCUAUUUUGCAUGCAACUCCUGAAAUAGAGUACUAUGAAAAUUCUAAAAAUUGGACAGAUGUGUUUAUUUUCAGAUAUUACUGUACAUCUGUGUAACUACAUCAGAGCUAUUUGAACUCUCCGCUAUCAUAUUCUCCCCUACUUCAGCCCAUGAGAAAACAUUCAAAACUACUAAACUAAAUCUUUUGAAGUUUGAAUACUCUGAGCAGUAUGAGGCACCCACUGCACCCUCCCAAGUGGCCAGAAAAGGUAGCAGAACAGGUAUACACAGAGAUAUUAAACAGGAGUUUGUGUGGCUAAUGGCGUUUUUACAGGUGAACUCCUGUGGUACUUCAUACUUUGCAGGGCUUCUGAAAAAUGCUUUAUGCGUUUGCAGCGCACCACUCCGCUUCUUCAAGAAUUUGAAAGUUAACUUAAAAUAGGCUUCCUUCUGAGAUGUGCAAUCAGAGGGUCGUUGUAACUGGGAAAAGCCUAGUUUUUUAAAAUCUCUAUUAGAGUUAGUUGAAACCAUAACUUAGCCACGUGGUUUACACCAAAUCUCUGGCAUGUGAGUUUUGUCUCCACCUUCCCACUGCCUGAGCAUGCAGUUCUCUUGAGUUAUGUUUACUCAGUUCAAAGAAAUGCGAUACAGGUUGGUGUAAAGUGAUUCAAUGGUUCUCAGAGAGGGUUGCUUUUUUCCACACACCCUUGUUUUUUUUAGGGGGGGUGUGUUUUGGGGGGGUGUUGGGGUUUGGGUUUUUUUCUGGUGCAGGAAAAGAGGGGCACCUCUUAACUGGAUGUGAGCCCUAGAAAGGGUUUACUUAAAGAGGGGAGGGUCACCAUCUUAGCAAUUUAUAUGAUCCAUCAUUCCUUUGAAAAAAUAACUGCUAGAAGGAAAACUUACAUCAGCCCAGUAACCAUGUGAAUCCAAGAAUCAAAGCUCCCAAAAGCACAAGAACCUGAAGUAGUCAGUAAAGCAAAGACAUGGUGCAAGGUGGGUUCUCACUGCUACUGAGGCAGAGGAAAACAAGCAGGUAGAAGGUCUAACCAUUUGAUAAAAUACCUAGAAAACAAAAACUACAAGUGAAAAGACCAGUACUGGAAUCUCUUCCACUGUUGGUUUCCACAUUUAGUAUUUCUAAGUACCCCCGAUCCAUAGGAUCUGGACAUGCACAGUGCAUAUAAAUCACUUCAGAAUUCAGAGGCAGUCUGUGUUGAAGAACCUCUCCUGAAUAGUUUCUCCGUCCCCGUUGGAUGGUGGCAGCAGGGGACAGAAAUCAGCUGGGAGACUUCAACCAAUCUGGUAAUUACACAAAUCAGCCAAAUUGCUGCACAGGUUCUCUCCUUUGAGUAGGAUUUGUCACAUCUCAGUCAAGGGGGUGGGGGGAAAUAAACAUCAUCAAUCUACCACCCACGAGAGGCUGUCGCUGGCUUCUCAGAGACCUCCUAAAGGCCUACGGGGUUAUUUCCUGGGUGAAGGGAACGUAAAACAGAAUGAACUCAAGAGCCAUUACUCAUUAGGUAAAGCUGCAACCCCACCAUAUUACAUUAGUUAUCUGCAUUCAGUAGGUGCUGUAGCUCGUUUUACAUCAGGACAAUGCAGUUUUUCACAAGAAUCUUAAGCCUAAGUAAUGGUACCUGCCCCUCAAAUUCUCUAAAGACAGAACUGACAGGGAGCACCAGUCCUCUUUCCUCUAGCUGGGCAGCAUUCCCAUCACCAGGAAUGACAACGAUAUGAAUUAGCAAUUCUUAUUCACCACAUUUCAAAUAAACAUUUAGAUUGUGACCACCUAACAGCAAAAUACAAUUAGAAAAGACAAAACGCAGUAAAAAUGCUUUCCGUAGGAUUAUUACAAUGACCCAGUCUACAUUUGUAGCAGACCCAGCAAAACAGUUCUAAAGUUUCACAUAUCUGCUCAUUGAGAUUGAAGUAUCACCUGAGAGCAUCACUUAAUAUAUACAAAAAGAUAACUAUAAAAUCUUGCACACAAAUUACCACUUUUUCCUUGUCAUUUAAUGAUGACACUGAUUUUAUUUUCCUUGUAUAAAAGGAGACAUUUUACUCUGUGCUGAUUAAACAAAUAUUCUUAUUAUAUUCAUAACAAUAAAGCAGGUAAAAAGCU